AAAAUUGCAACGAACAGUACUCCAAUUAAUGUUUAUGAUAUACGCUCCAAGGACUCAGAGAAAUAAGUAUUUGAGUAACAAAAUACAUUUUUGUACACUUUCGAGUAUGCUCUACAACAUGGCAUAAGCAACUAUUUCAAAGCUUUAAAAAAAUACUUAAUGUCUGAAGUGUCGCGUUACGUGGACAAGCCGAUUUACUGUUUUUCACCAUGAAGAAUGAUUUCUUAAAAUCUGGUCUCAACAGAUGAAAUUUAGCAAAAUAAAUUUUCUACGUUUUGUGUUCCAGACUCAACUCUCAAAAAUAUUUUCUUAAUACGUAAAAACACCAAUCUCUAAAAUAUCGUCUCAAUGAUUUCAUCACUUAUCGAGUACUACAUAUGUGCCUGGUAGCUUAGUUGGUUAAAACGUCGAGUACUUCUAUCUCAAUUCUGAUGGCGCAUUAGUCAGCGAGUUCGAUUCUCGUUAAGCACAUAUUCUUUUUUUCUUAUUUUUUAAGCUAGCUUAACCGGGAGGUUGCAGCGCCCAGUUAACCGGGCGCUCCAACCUCCCGGUUAACCAAGCUGACCACCUCCCUCUGAUUAAAUAUUUUUCGUCUUCGGAGCUAGGUUAAGCGGUCGGUUAACUGGGCGGUUAACCUAGAUGCCAACCUCCCGCUCCUACUCGUUAUGACAACCUAGUGCUCGAUUUACUACUAGGUUGAGCUAGCUAACUAGGUAAAAAGGUACAUUUACCUAGCUCCGCGUCAUAGAUAACCGUCCGGUUACGUCUGUGUUGGAGCUAGCUCCUCUCCAUAGACGAUUUUUGCUUGAGAGACAUUUACUUCUACGACAAGAAUGACCAGCCGAUAAUUCUUUUGCCGGAAGUUGUAUCGCAAACACAACUUCAAAAUUGUAAACAACCUGAACUCGAUAAAGCGCAAGCAAGAGAUCAGGAGCGUUACGAGCGGCAACCAUAUGAUGUUAUUAUUAUGCAACUUGGUGAUACGGGAGUGGGAAAGUCAUCUCUUUGUCAAGCGCUAACGAAUAAUCUUGGCUUCAGACACGGCAAUCUGAAUGGUACAACAUUGCGGCCUCGAGCUGGUUUCAUUGUCAAACCCACAAACUCCUCUGAAGAACAAUUACGCUAUGUAAUUAUUGAUGUGCCUGGCUUAAACCAGGCUGUCAUAGAUGAAACUCGGAAUCUUUAUUUUGUUCGCAUGAAGGAAGACACAGGCAAAUGUGAAACACCGUUAGAAGUUGGCCAUAUUGCUCAAUUGAUCGUUGAUUUAACAAAAAUGAUGACAAUAUGUCUUUUGGUCAUUGACGAUAAAAUAAAAGAAGCCUUUAAAGAUCUCGAGAGAGAUAGAGAGAGAGAUAAGGAUCGAACAGAAAGAAGCAAAGCACAAAAGAACACUACACAGUUGAUAGAAUCGAACACUUGA